AUGUCUGAAGAUAGUCCGGAUCAUGAAAUUUGGAACAGGCGAACCAACGAAUUGAUUCAAAAACUUCGAAUUUCCGGAGAUACAGAAAGUGUUGUAAUAGAACGAAAAGACGCGUUUUUUUAUUCCCAACCACCUUCAACCCCCCGAAAGGAACUAUCAAAGAAUAAAAUUAGUAGUACCAAAACAACUCGGACUAAACAAAAUAAUGUUAAAUCGACGCGUCCCACGUCAACUACAAAUACACCAACGUUAUUUUCAUUUUUCUCACCAAAAAUAACAUCAAACGAAACAAUAGAGAAUAAUAAAAGUAUAAAUAUUACUAUUGAACGAGAAAAAAGUUUAUCUAAAAAUACUAUUAAACGUAUUAAAUGUGAUACGGAAUCAAUGAUUAAAGUAGAAAAGGAAAUACUUACUGUUAAAAGACGCUCGAUACAAUCAAGAUACUGGAAUUCGAUUGAAGAAAAUCAACAUUCAAAAGAAACUUAUUUGAAUGAAGAGAAAGAUAACAAAGAUAAAAAACCUCUUUAUAGGGAAGAAGAUCAAAAGAUGAAAUCAACUCCUGAUGAGUCAAAUAUACACGUCAAUAAUUGUCUUGAUAGUUCAUCAAAAUUAUCCAUAACAAAAGAAGAGAAUAUACAAAUCAAGAAUAUAUCAUCAUCAUUACCACUUGAAUCAUUUUCAAGUAAUGCAGAAGUCAUUAAAGAAUCAUUUAGAUAUAGCAUAGAUGAAAAAGAAUCAAGAAGUAUAUUAGAUGUUGAAAGUAAAGAAAUAGAAUCAAUUGUUGUUGAGAAACAAGCCAAAUCUCAAUCUAGAAAAGAGUGUCCAUGGUACAAAAAAUUACCAGGCACGAGCAUAACGAUGGAUGCAUUUAGAUAUGGCAAAAUUCCACAUUGCACUGCCUACUUUUUGAGCCACUUCCAUUCGGAUCAUUAUGGUGGAUUAACGUCAAAGUGGUCUCAUGGGCUAAUUUACUGCUCUACAGUUACUGGCAAUUUGGUUAUCCAACAAUUAAAAGUGGCACGUCAUUUUGUUCGCAAACUUCCCAUGAAUGAAGAAGUUUGCAUAGAUAAUAAUAAUGGCAUUACAGUCACUUUGAUCGAUGCCAAUCACUGUCCUGGAUCAGCAAUUUUCUUGUUUAAAUUUAAAAAUGAAAACGGACAAAUCAAACGAUAUCUUCAUACCGGUGAUUUUCGCGCUUGUCCACGGCAAGUUCUUCAUUCAGCUAUUACACAACCUCAAAAUCUUGUAGUUGAUAUAUUAUAUCUUGACACUACCUAUUUAAAUCCACAAUAUUUUUUUCCUGCUCAAGAAGUAGUUAUCAAUGCUAUGAUUAAGUUAGUUUGUAAAACGGUUAAGAGGGGUGAACUGAUUCCUAUGAAACGUAACAAUGGUAAUAACUGUCAAGGUAAAAACAAGCAGCUUCAAUCGAACAAGUCGCAACUUGCAUUGGAUAAAUGGUUUAAAAAAAUACCAGAAAUUCUUAACCCUGAACAAUCUGAAAUUGAAACAAAAGUAAUGGACACUGAAGAAUCUAAUUCUUAUAUGAAAAAAGUUGAUUUCAGUGAUGAUGAAAGUAUUGAUAUCGAUGAAUUGGAAUUAAAGGAUAGUAAAAUUCUAAUUGUAAUUGGUACAUACUUAAUCGGCAAGGAGAAGGUCUUUUUUGGUAUUGCAAAGGCUCUUAGGACCAAGAUUUAUGUUACAUGUGAGAAACGAAAGAUGCUAAUGUGCCAGGAAAUUUCCGGUCUUGAAUCACUCUUGACGGACGAUCCUCAUCAAGCAUAUGUACACGUUGUAUCCCUAACAUCAAUCAAAUCCGAUAGUCUUUGUGCAUAUCUUGAAAGUCUUCAACCAUCAUUCAAAUCUGUCAUGGCUUUUCGUCCAACUGGAUGGACUUAUAAACCAACGGAAGGACAAAGGUUUUCAACUUCUUCUACGACUGAAGAGAUUCUUAAUGCAUCCACUUUGUUCACUGUUGAUUCUAUAAGACCAACGUUUUCCACGCCAACGUGUCAGAUUUUCGGAGUGCCUUAUUCUGAACAUUCAAGUUUUAGAGAAUUGGCCGCUUUUGUAAUGUCAUUGAACGUUAAACAAAUAAUACCGACAGUUAACAUUGGGUCCGAGAAAAGUCGGGAAAAUAUGAAGUAUUGGCUUGAUAAAUGGCAAAAGGAAAAGAAUAAGAAAGAUAUUAAAGUGGUGCAAUACGAUGUUUUGGAUCAUUGGUAG